AGCUGCACGGCUGUUUCAAGAUGACGUUGUGUAAAGUGAAUUGAAAUGUCUCUUUUCGAAUAUCCUGGUCCCAGGUGACAGCCGGGUAAUAAACAUGGCGGACAGAGGAAUUCAAACACAGCAUGGUUUGGAGGUCUUAGCUUUUCCAGAGCAGCCCGCCAAGGAGUUCUCGAGUCUGGAGCUUCAAGUUCCGUGUAUUUUCUGUGACAAAGAAUUUCCAAACACAACAGGAAAGAACGAUGCAGUACUCCAUCACCUUCUAGUAGAACAUCAGCUGGUCAUUGGAGAUGUAGCUCAAGUUUGUGACUUAAGGAGAUAUUUGUGUCACUGGAAAACAAGAUUUAAAGGAAACCCCAUCACAGAUUUUUGUCCUGUCAUCAACAUCAAUUCAAAACCUGAGGAUAUUGGUCCCAAGAUUCAGUAUUUCCUUUUGUGUGACUCCCUUCCAGAAGAUAGAUGGCUGAGAGAAGAUCUACAACGAAGGAGAUUAGAAGAUGUUUUGGAGUGUCAACAGCGUGAAAGAUCAGACACUCACUUUUCAAGAACAUGCCUUUUCUGUAAACAACAUUUUGAAGGCAACAGAACAUCAUUGUUCACACAUAUGGCAACUGAUCACGGAUUUAAUGUGGGCCUUCCUGAUAACUUAGUGAAUGUAAAUGAGUUGUUAGAUGUUCUGGAACAGAAACUAGCCAAUCUACAGUGUUUGUUUUGUGAGAAGUUAUUUAAAGACAGAACAGCACUUAAAGAUCACAUGAGAAAGAAACAACACAAGAAAAUCAAUCCCAAGAAUAAAGAAUACGACAGAUUUUAUGUUAUAAAUUAUCUGGAAUUAGGCAAAACAUGGGAAGACAUUCAGAAUGAGAAUGAAGAGGAGGAGGAGUAUAGAACAGAAGGCAGUGCAGGGGAAGACGACUGGAGUGACUGGACAGGUGAUUUACCUCCGUCUGUUUGUCUCUUUUGUGAAACGUCCUCUCCUACAACUAAUGAAGUUCUUCAGCAUAUGAGGGAAAAGCACUUGUUUGAUUUUCUCGCCAUCAAAUGCGCGCUAGGGUUAGACUUCUAUCACCAAGUUAAAAUUGUCAAUUAUAUCAGGAGACAGGUUUACAAGCAGAACUGUGUGAAGUGUCAAGAAAACUUUUCUUCGAGGCUUGCUGUCUUGGAACAUAUGGAGAAAGCGCAACACUUUGCCCUGCCUGAAGACAAAACGGCGUGGGAUCAACCACAGUACUUUUUCCCGACGUAUGAAAACGACUCACUGCUGUGCAGUUUGGAAGAUGAUGAGGACGAGGAAGAGAGAGUGGAAGACGAAGCCUCAACAAAAUAAUUAAUUAAUUAACACGAUAAUUAACGCCACAUGAGAUCAAAUAAACGGAACUUGUAUAAGGACACAAGUCUUGAGGGUAGCUGACUGUUGUUAGAUUACAACCAAACGCUGACAACCUUACAAGUCGCCCGGCAUAGUCAAUCGGACCCACUAUGCCGAUUAUGCCGGGAAGUCGAAAUAAAAGCUUGAUUUAGUAAGUUUUCGUACUACCGAAUUUCGGACUGUGUUGGCAACUUGCCCUGGAUUAGUUCGAGUGUUAGGGUUAGGAAGGAAAGAAGAAGCAAACAGUGAUCUCACUAGCAAAAUACAAACGAGAAGACCGAGAACGCAAUGGAGUUCGCUCAGGGAGCAAGUGGGUGCGCAAGAGAAAGGACAUGACGGGCCAGUGAAACGCUCGGAAAUCCCGAGGAAACGGACGGGAAAAACGCGCAAGGAACUCUUGAUUUAGGGCAGAGGGAACGCACCAUGGAAAACGAGGGAACACAUGGGGAAAAACAAGAAACGUCGACAAUAUACGACUGAACACACGGCGCCACUAUAGCUGACAUGGGGACACACGAUUUAGUUUAAGAAGUAACGUUUGGAACCUUUAAGAAGUGAGGACGUAUUGAGAAAUACACAGGAAACACUGGUGAAACUAGUGAAAUCGACGCCAGAAUAAUUAU